AUGGCGCCCUCUGACGAUCUGAAGUCUCACGCUACAUCCUCCCAUGACUUUUAUGCCCUCUUGAACAUCAGCCCCGCCGCUGUAGAUAGCGAGAUCAGACGCGCAUACCGAAGAACAGCUCUCAAAUACCAUCCUGAUAAAAUUGUGAAUCCCACACCAGCUGAUAUUGACAAGUUUCAUAUCCUCCAAAUCGCAUACGAUGUUCUCUCCGAGCCUGCUGUACGUCAGCUAUACGACAAUGCCAGGGAAGCACGCGAACGGAAGAAGAGGGAAAAUGAGCUGCUGCAGGGAGCGCGGAGAAAGAUGAAAGAAGACCUAGAGGCGAGAGAGCGCGGGGUUAAGCGGCCGUGGACCCCAGGUGGCGCUGGAGGGGAGCGGGAUGAUUUGCAGGUGGCAGAGGAUAAACUGGAACAGGAAAUUAGGCGGCUGGCGGAGGAUGGGAAGAGAAGACGACGAGAGAAAGAAGAGCUGAUGCGUAGCCAAGUGCUGGAGGAGGAAGAGAGACUGGACCGAGAGCAACAGGAAAUGGAAGCAAGGAAGCAAGGACCAACGAAGCCUAGUGCACCACCCAGAAGCAUGGGCGGAACUGCAGUACCGGAGAUAGAUCGAACGGUGAAGGUUCGAUGGAUCCGCGAAGGAGCUGGCUUGGACAUGGACAAGAGUCGGCUGGAGUCUUUGUUCUCGACAUUUGGCAAACUGGAGAGUACAUUCACCUUGAAGGAUAAAAGACAACGGGUCGGUGACCAGCGCGAGAAGAAAACUACUGCAACGGGCGUGAUUGUAUUUUCCUCCGUCGUUGGAGCCCAUGCAGCUAUCGAGGAUCGAUUGAAGCAUCAUGGUGGUGAAUGGGAUGUCAUCGAAUCCGUGGCCUGGGCAUCGAAUAACCAGCCAGACUGGGAGGCAUAUCGGUCUUCCGCCUCUGGUACGGCUGAGGCACCUGGGUUGGCAACAUCAUCUUCCACGGCCACCGCUGAAUCCGAUAUACCCCCUUCUUCAACAACCACCAACAGGCCCAAAAAAUUCACAAUGGCAGAUCUAAACACACCGAAAACCGGGACCGAGGGAAAUAAUAAAAACAUGGCCCCUUCCUUCGGGUCCUUUUCUCCAGCUGGUGCUACUCCUGGAACGAGCUCCAAUUUUAACGCAAGUGGCCCAAGCUUAGAAGAAAUUACCUUAAUUCGGCUUAAAAACGCAGAGAGGAAGAGGUUAGAAGAACAAAUCCGGAAGGAAGACGAAGCUGCUGCAAUUGCAGAGGGCGGUUCUGCGCAAUGA